GCGGGAGGGAGAGAGAGAGGUGUCGUUGGAGUCUCAGGUUCCCGAAGAGCGUCCAAAGAGUGCUUGAAGGAACGAAGAAGGACGAAGGAGCCGCAAGGGAGGAGAAGGAAGGAAGGAAGGAAGGAAGGAGAAACCGGCGGGAGGGAGAGAGAGAAGCGUCCUUGGUAGAGUCUCUGGUUCCCGAAGAGCGUCCAAAGAGUGCUUGAAGGAACGAAAACAAAGAAAAAACGAAGGAGCCGCAAAGAAGGAAGGAAAGAAGGACAAACCAGCGGGAGGGAGAGAAGGAAAGAGAGAGGAAGAGUGACGAAGGUGACGUUGCGGUCGUGGUGAGGUCGGGGUGCGGUCGUGGUGAGGUCGGGGUGCGGUCGGGGUGCGGUCGGCGGAGUCCUACGUCAUGAAGAUUGUGGGUGACUGAAUCCUCCUGUAUGUGCGAAGUCGGACAUGGACUUUUCCUUGGCGGGUCACUACACAGCCUGCAGCUACAUGACCUCGGCUGACCUGGUGACCCGUGACCCCCGCCUGCUGACCUCCCCUGACCUCCGGGUGGCGGCUCUGCACGCGGCGCCACGACCUGACUUUGUGAAGCACGAGCUCGCCAGGUCAGAGCUAAGUCGGCGGUUGGAGUUCCGGCCUGCGCAGGACUUCACGAGUAGAACCGACCUGCUGGUGCGGCGUGACCUGACCCGGGUACAGGAGGGGUCAGUCGGACGGGAGGAGCGGCCGCCCACCACCACCACCAGCACAUCCUCCGUCAAACAGGAGAGUCGCCCCUCGGACAUAGAAAACGACCCCACCUUUGUGCUGGCGGACGCGGCGCCCACGAGGAGGUCAAGGGAGCGGGAGAGCGUGCUGGCGAUGACCAAGGAGGAACGCAGGCGGCGGCGGCGGGCCACCCUCAAGUACCGCACUGCGCACGCCAGUAGAGAGCGGAUGCGGGUGGAGGCCUUCAACGUGGCCUUCGCCGAGCUCCGCAAACUGCUGCCGACCCUCCCGCCGGACAAGAAACUCUCCAAAAUCGAGAUUCUGCGCCUCGCUAUCUGCUACAUCGCCUACCUCAACCACGUGCUCGAUGUCUGAACGGGGAGUCGAGGAUGUCACGAUAGAGCAAAACAAGGGUACAUAUUCUUAAUUCCGGCGCCCAGACACACCUAUCUGACCAGGCUUUCGUAGGAGUUUUGAGCAUUUACGUGGGUUGUUUGAUGGCCCUGGUGGUAGUUUGACCGCUUUUCUGUACCAUGAACCUAAAAACACUCGUGAAAAUCCGAAUGAUCUCCUUUUUGGCCUUUGUGAAUGGUUGAUGUGAGAGGCGUCUGAGAAUAUCGACCAAGAACACUUCCCCUUCCCCUCGAUCUACCGACUUUCCGACUUCACGACCGUUCCACCAACCAAGUGACCGAGCUUUCUCAUUCGCCCUACCGCUUCUCGCAUGAGCUUCAGUGUUUCAUCCGGUUCGAGGCAGGAGAGUUGGUGCCAGAACGGUCAAGUCCCCGCCAUUCCCCGCCAUACCUUCCUCGUCUCCGCUUCUUCUACGGGUUAAAAAGGAUACGAGUCCAACGCCCUCACUAUUGCUUCCCCUGUUCGUUUGGGUGACUUGUUUCAACGCAGGAGACCGAGAGCUGAUGCCAGGGCGGUCAACUCCCAGCCAUUCCUCGCCAUACCUUCCUCGUCUCCGCUUCUUCUACGGGUUAAAAAGGAUACGAGUCCAACGCCCUCACUGUUGCUUUCCCUGUUCCUUUGAGUAUUAAGGGAAGGGUGUCGGGACUUGUUUCAACGCAGAAGAUCGAGAGCUGAUUGAUGCCAAAACGGUCAACUCCAAGCCAUUCCCCGCCAUACCUUCAUCGCCCCCGCUUCUUCUCCGCGGCAAAUUGUACAGACCAAAAGGACACGAAACCAGCGCCCUAACCACAGCUUUCCCAGUUCUUUGGGUAUCACGGGCGAGGGUAUUGAGGGUUGUGUCGACGCUGAAGAAGGAGAGUUGAUGCGCUAUGAGAACAAGUAGGUCUGUGCUUCUUGUCCCUGCUACUGGAUUCUUCUCGGCGCGUCUCUCUGGUGUAUAUAAAGGGCUUCUGAAGCUUUAUGAAGACUGCUGUUUAUACUUCCUGGGAAAUACUCAACUUAAGCUUGCUGGCGGACUAAUAUAAUUUACCUAAUCUAUUAUUUAUUUAUUUAUUUGCAUGUGAUAUCAGUCUACUAUUAUGAUUUACCUAAUUUAUUAUUUAUUUAUUUGCAUGUGAUAUCAGUCUAUUUAUAUUUUGUCUAUAAGGUUUUAGAUUCAUAAGUAGGACAACUGUUUAUACUUAGAGAAAUAAUGAACUAAAGCUUGCCGAGAAUUAACUUAUUAUCUGUUUUUUUUAAUAUUUAUUCCAAACAUGACUAUAUAUAUUUUUUUUCUAUAAAGUUGUAGAAUUAUGAGUAAGAGAACUGUUUAUACGUACUUUGUGAAAUGAUAAACAGAAGCUCGCUGAGGAUUAACAUAUCAUUUAUAUAUCUGUUUUUUUGUGUGUUAUUAUUCCAAACAUGCCUUUUUUUUUUUUUGCUAUAAGGUUUUAGAGGCUGUAUGUGGACAAAUGCUUAUACUCUGAUUAUUAUUAUUAUUAUUAUUAUUAUUAUUAUUAUUAUUAUUAUUAUUAUUAUUAUCACUGACGUUCUUAUUGAUUUUUUGUGUUAUUAUUCCAAACACGCCUUUUCUUUUUUUGCUAUAAGGUUUUAGAAGCUUUACGUGGACAAAUGCUUAUACUCUGAUUAUUAUUAUUAUUAUUAUUAUUAUUAUUAUUAUUAUUAUUAUUAUUAUUAUUACCACUGACUUUGUUAUUGAUUCAGUCUACCUUGUAUAUUAUGUUUUCUGUACAGUGCAAAGCGAAUAUUUUGAACCAGACACCGAGGCCGCAGGUUAUGUGUGUGUACAGAUGAUUUUGACUAUUAUUAUUAUUCUGGGUGUUAAGAACUUUGUCUCCCAUUUUUGUUAAGGGAAAAGAAGCAGCUUGAGGGAGAAAACAAAAGCAAGGAAAAAAGAAAAAAAGCCCGCUUAGGUUAUGUCUGUAUAUAGAUUAUUUCGGUUAUUCUGUUGAGUGUUAUUCGUAAACUUUGCAACUUAUUUAUUACGUUGAAUAUCGUCACCCUCAUAAAAUAAUUCCCUAAGUCAUUUUUCAGGGAUUUCCAGGUCUGUAUAUAAAUCAUUUUGGUUAUUCUGUCGAGUGUUAUUGAUAAACUUUGCAACUUAUUUAUUACGUUGAAUAUCGUCACCCUCAUAAAAUAAUUGCCUAAGUCAUUUUUCAGGGAUUUCCAGGUUUUUGUCUACAUCAAUUUUUCAACACGUGACUCCCAUUUUUGUAUAGUUGCCUUCGUCAUUCAGGGUUUGAGUGUUCCAGAAUUGGCCUUUUCAUUUCUGCCUAAAUCUUAAGACAAAUGAGAUAAUGACAUUUCUUUUAUGAUUUCCCGAAAAGUCUACAUCAAAUUUUCAGCAUGUGACGCCCAUUUCUGUAUAGUUGCCUUCGUCAUUCAGGGUUUGAGUGUUCCAGAAUUGGCCUUUUCGUUUCUCCGUAAAUCUUAAGACAAAUGAGAUAAUGACAGUUCUUUUAUGAUUUCCUGAAAAGUCUACAUCAAAUUUUCAGCAUGUGACGCCCAUUUCUGUAUAGUUGCCUUCGUCAUUCAGGGUUUGAGUGUUCUAGAAUUGGCCUUUUCAUUCCUGCCUAAAUCUUAAGACAAAUGAGAUAAUGACAUUUCUUUUAUGAUUUCCUGAAAAGUCUACAUCAAUUUUUCAACACGUGACGCCCAUUUCUGUAUAGUUGCCUUCGUCAUUCAGGGUUUGAGUGUUCUAGAAUUGGCCUUUUUGUUUCUGCGUAAAUCUUAAGACAAAUGAGAUAAUGACAUUUCUUUUAUGAUUUCCUGAAAAGUCUACAUCAAUUUUUCAACACGUGACUCCCAUUUCUGUAUAGUUGCCUUCGUCAUUCAGGGUUUGAGUGUUCUAGAAUUGGCCUUUUCAUUUCUGCCUAAAUCUUAAGACAAAUGAGAUAAUGACAUUUCUUUUAUGAUUUCCCGAAAAGUCUACAUCAAUUUUUCAACACGUGACUCCCAUUUCUGUAUAGUUGCCUUCGUCAUUCAGGGUUUGAGUGUUCUAGAAUUGGCCUUUUCAUUUCUGCCUAAAUCUUAAGACAAAUGAGAUAAUGACAGUUCUUUUAUGAUUUCCUGAAAAGUAGAAAAUAAUGACUUAGGCGGUUUGUUGACGAAGGUGACGAUAUAUUAAUUUACUUAACUGUUUGCUUUGCGCUGCUGGUGUAUAUUUUAAACUAUUCAUUCUUGUUUGCUUAGUGUAAAUUAGAUAUUCUUUUCUUCUUUAUUCAUUCACUUUUUAUUAAAUUAUUUUAUUUAUUAAUUUGAACAUUUUCUUUUCAAUUUAUCUAGUUUUUUCAUUAUUUAACUUUAACCUGUUCAUUUGCUCAUCUAUUUACUGUUGUUUAUUUGUCUAACUAUUUAUUAUUGUUUAUAUAUUUAAGUAAGUAGUUAAGUUUAUUAUCUAUAUAUUUCUUCUCGUGUUUAUUUGGGUCAGUGUUUCCUCGUCGGCGUCAAGAUGGCCGACUCGCCGCUGUGCUGAACCACCUCGCUUGACACACUCACCACUACUAUGAAUAAAUGUGUUCACUUUUA